AUGUAUCUCUAUAUACCAGAACGUAAGUUUUGGUAUGAGAAACGUAAAAAUGUUAUAAUAUAUGAAAAUAUGAAUUUAAGAAUUGAUAAUCGCAGAGAGCAUAAUAGUCCAAAGGUAUAUCCAACGACCGAUGUGAAUUUAGCAAUUUACUAUUGCAGAGGUCGUAACCCAAAUGAUACAAUAAUUUUUACAUAUAUUUUGGAAUAUUAUUAUUUAUUUUAUGCAGAAUAUGUUACUAAUUUGCUAAAGACAGUUUCCGAUGCAUAUACUUUAUGCAAAAUAUUAAAAUAUGAAACAUACAUCAGUAUUUUAAAAAAUAUGCUAAUGAUUAAAUCCUCAAAACAUCCAAAUGAUAGUCAAACUCUAUUAGAGCUUUAA